AUGGCAGUACUCAAUGGCUCUGCUGCGUCUCCAUCAACUGCCGCGCCGAAGCCGACGGGCGUCAAGGUCGUUAUUGUCGGUGCGGAGAAAGAAGGUCCUCUCGAGAAGCACAGCCUGAUAUUGUCGCUGUAUUUAGGAUUCGGCGGGUUGACUGCGGCCAUCGAGUGCCAUCGACAGGGCCAUGAGGUUGAAAUCUAUGAGUCGUUCCCGGGUAUGCAUACCCUUUCACUACAACUCAAACCCCUCGGCGACAUCAUCUCCUUCGGCCCCAACGCCGGCCGCAUCUUCUACCGCUGGUCCAACGGCGCCGUGGCGGCGCGCAUGCGGCCGCUGAGCAUCGACCUGCGCAACUACGGCUUCAGGAUCCACAAGUGGGACACGGGCGAGAUCAUCACCAUCCAGAAGACGCCAGAGAUGGACCCCGAGGCGCCCGUGUUCAACGGCCACCGCGGCGAGCUGCAUUCCGUCGUCUUCCACUACGCUCGGGAAGAGCUGGGCAUCCCGAUCCAUCUGGGCCAGCGGGUGACGCGGUACUGGGAGGAUGAGAACAAUGCGGGCAUCAUUUUGGAUGAUGGACAGAAGAUCGUCGCCGACGUGGUCAUCGGAGCGGAUGGCGUGCGGUCCAAAGCAAGAGAACUCGUGCUGGGGUACUUUGACAAGCCCAAGUCGAGUGGUUAUGCGGUGUAUCGGGCGUGGUUCCCCAACACCGACAUGAUCAAGGACCCGCGCACAAAGCAGUUCUGCGAAAACGGCGACACGUUCAACGGCUGGAUCGGGCCGGACGUGCAUUUCCUGUUCUCGACGAUCAAGAACGGGCAGGACUGCUGCUGGGUGUUGACGCAUAGGGAUGAAGCCGACAUCGACGAAUCAUGGUCCUUCCCCGGCAAGCUGGAAGAUGUGUACAAGGUGCUCGAGGGCUGGGACCCCAUGUGCAAGGCGAUUGUCGAAAAGACGCCCUCGCUGGUCGACUGGAAGCUCGUGUAUCGCGACCCGCUGCCGCGCUGGAUCAGCGACCACGGCCGCAUCGCCCUGCUGGGCGACUCUGCGCAUCCGUUUCUGCCGACGUCGGUGCAGGGCGCGGCGCAGGCGAUGGAGGACGGCGCGACGAUUGCUGUCUGUCUCAAACGAGCAGGCAGUAAGGACCGGAUUCCGGCGGCGGUGCGGGCGUAUCAGGAUAUUCGGUACGACCGCGUCCGCAAGGUACAAAAAACAGGCGAGACGACGCGCGAUAUGUGGCACAAGGCGGACUGGGACAAGGUGAAGCAGAACCCAGAGUCGAUCCACCUGCCGCGGGAGGACUGGAUUUUCAAGUUUGAUGCCGAGAAGCAUGCCGAGGAGGUGUUUGAUGAGGUGGUGAAGAAGUUUCUAUAG